GCUGAUUGCGGUGACAGAUUAAAAUACCAACAAAAUAAACACUGCUUUACUAGUUAGUCAUAGAUUUAAGUUGUGAUACUGAUUAUUGAUAUUAGUCAUCGCACAUCAGAUUUUCCUUAUCAUUUUCAUUGAUGUCCUAUGUAUUUUUGUUAUUAAUGUUAACUGGUUUUAUAUUUUCUAAAGUUACAAUAUUUAAUUACGUACCUUACUUAAGUAAUUUUGUACAUCAUUGUUUUUUUUGUAAAUUAUAGCUAUAAUAACAUUUUUGUCAUUUAUUAUUAUUAUUAUACAUAUAUAUAUAUAUAAACGACAUGAACUUUUUUAAAACAGAACCUACUGUAAAAGAACAACAGAGGCAAAAUGACAGAGAUUUACGCAAAGCUGGACGGGAUUUGGAAAGGGACAAGGCUGCUCUGGAAAGAGAAGAAAAAAAAUUGGAGUUGGAAAUAAAAAAAAUGGCUAAAGAGGGUAACAAUGAAGGCUGUAAAAUAUUAGCGAAACAAUUGGUACAAUUAAGAAAGCAAAAAACUAGGAUAUAUGCAGCAAAUAGUAAGAUAUCCAGUGUUCAAAUUCAAAACAAAGCAAUGGGAGCAAACAUAGCUAUUGCAAAUGCAAUGGGUACCACAGCUAAGACAAUGGGUAAUAUGAAUAAGGUCAUGAAUCCACACCAGAUAGCGAAGGAUAUGGAAGCAUUCAAACAAGCAAAUGCUAAGAUGGAUAUGACAGAUGAAAUGAUUUCAGAUACACUUGAUGAUAUCAUGGCCGAGUCCGGUGAUGAAGAAGAAACUGAGGGUGUUGUUAAUAAGGUGCUUGAUGAGAUUGGAAUUGAAAUUAGUGGAAAGAUGGCCAAUGCUCCUUCAGUCGCUAGAGGAAAAAUUGGUGCUUCAACCACUGAUGAAGAUAAGGAACUAAUGGCGCAAUUAGAGCGCCUAAAAUCAUAGUGCCUUCAAAUAUUUAAUGCCUAACAUUUAAUUAUUACGAAAUCGUACCAUUUAUUGUAUAUUUAUACACUGCCUUGUUAAAAAAAACUAAAACGAAAUGUUUAGUAUUUAACUGUUUUGUCACUUUCUUUUACAUAAAGCAAAAGAAGUAAAGGACAAAACAGUUUAUUUUUUGUAAAGAAAGUUGACACGACAUUUUAUUUUUUAUAUGAGGCGGUUAUUCUAUAAGAUUUGUUGUUAUACGUUGUUAAAAAUCGUGACUUGUUUACUUUUGUGAUAAAUAUACCUACAGUAAGUGUAAGUAAUAAAUCAAAACACAUUUGUAAUGUCAUUCAUAUAAUGAAUUUAAUAUAUAUGUACGAAAUGUAUUGACCGUAUAUCAAUAUUUGUUUAACCGAAAUAAAAAGUAAAAUCCACGGAAGCGAAGAGUAUAUUUUAAUUAAAGUAAAAUAUGUAUAAAUGCGUGAGUAACUCCUAUAUAGCAGUUAUAAAAUAUUUAUCGGAUUGAAUUAGGGUUGUUCACAAAAAUAACGCGUAUGUCGUAAUAUAUUAUACUACAAAAAUGCAGAAUGGAUCUCGAUGUGACUAUAUAUCUUGUAGUAUAUUACGGCUUACUUAGUAAUGUUACGUUUUCAAACAUUCUUUGUAUUAUUUUCGGACCUC